AUGGCGGUCGGUCACGCUUUGACGUGCUCCGCAAUAUUCGUUGUAUGCUGUUUAUACUAUGACAUUGGUGCUUGGAAAUGGCAAAAUAUAACUCAGAGUUACUUUGCAGUAUAUCACAGCGACUGGGGACAGCAAAAUGGUUCAUUUGGUGGACUUUUCGAUGCCGAUGUAUCGUGUGUAGCACAACGUAUACUCAGACUUCAGGGCAAGAACAAUGUGAACGGCAUGGCUGAUUCGUAUGAAAUGGAAUCAAUGGACGAGUCUUACAAACAUAGCGAUAAGUAUUUUGAAGGUCUCAUAUACUGUACGUAUCGCCAAGAAAGUAGCUACAGGAUUACUAAGAGUCUAAUAUCGACGGCUAAUUCUGCAACUGACAGCCAUCCUGCCAGAAUAGUUGUAAUUACACACUCCCACUGGGGCGGUAACCAUAAUCUGUUUUUUAAGUACAAACAAUGUCUAUUAAUCAUAACAAAUACUUCGUACUCAUCAUGCAAAUUCAAGCGACUAAAGAGACCACUUCCCUAUUACAAUAAUUCAAAUGCGACACACAGGUUGCUCUUAAUAAUAGCUGGUGUCGAACAAAACCCCGGACCAAACAGCAAACCAAAUGAAGUUCAACGGAAAGCCCCCCGAUGCUCUGCUUGUGAAAAGCCUGUCGCUAAGAAUCACAAACGCUUUGUCUGUGAAGUAUGUCAUGAUUUUACUCAUGCUCGCUGCUCAAACACUGCCAUCAACCUUAAACUGUUUUGCAACUCCUCUCCAAAGACUUGGACUUGUCAAAAAUGUUUAUUUACGGCAUUACCAUUUUGGAACGCAAAUAUCUCUGAAACCUCUAUCCCCGACUGUGAUUCGUUUGCUACCCAAGAUGAACACUCAUUAGUAUUGCAAGCCAAAUCUGAUCAAUUACGUAUAAUGCACCUAAAUACCCAAAGCAUGAUGUCGACAUUUGAUGAAUUUAUUCUUACAAUUAAUCAAUUCCCAUUCGACAUCAUCACACUUAGUGAAACAUGGUUAAAGGACAAUCCGUACCUACUAGAUUACGUUUCCAUCCCUGGCUAUGUAAAUAUAUUUCGAAAUAGAGAUCACAUUCGUGGUGGGGGUGUAGGUAUAUACUGUAGAGACCAUAUAAACUUUAAGCGGCGACAAGACAUUGAGAAAUUACAACCUGAUAUGGAACAUAUUUGGCUUGAAAUUCCCGGACGUAAUAAGAAUAGUAAACUAUUGCUAGGUGUGAUGUAUCGCUCGGAAAGAAUUCUAUCGAAGCAAAGUUGGCUGGACGGAUUCGAAAGUAUAUUAUCCUAUCUGUCGACCCAAUGGGAUGGGCUACUCUUGAUUACGGGAGACAUGAAUGUGGAUCUAUUGAAUUCGAGUUCGCCAUUGACUAAGCAAUAUUUGGAGAUCCUCGACAUGCAUAACCUUCAACAAAUGGUCACUAAGCCUACACGUAUCACAGCUACAUCACAAACACUCAUCGAUCACUUUAUUACGAAUCAUCCAAAUAGAAUUACACAUACAGAUGUUAUCCACUGUCCAUUAGUCAGCGACCACAGCGCACCGUAUGUUUGUGUAAAUGCACGAGUCACGCGAUUUUUACCACGAUAUAAGUACAUUAGAGACGAGCGAACUUACACCGAGGCUGCGUUUGCGGAAGACUUUAGAAAUAUACCUAUGAAUAUCGUGUACGGUGUCGAUGACCCAAACGAGAAACUAGAAUUAUUUAGCACUAUGUUUACCGACUGCCUAGAGAGACAUGUACCAAUGAAACGUGUUAAGAUUACCCGCCCGCCUGCUCCAUGGCUUAACGAUGAAAAUAUCAGGGAUCUUCAAGCGCAACGAAAUAAACUUCGCCAUGAAACUCGUAAUACCAGCGACCCCACAGUUAGGGCUACUUACCGUGAACUGAGAAAUAUGCUUAAAUCUAAAAUUAAGAAGGCGAAAAGAAAUUUUAUGCAACGAGCUUUAUCUAAACGAAACUCUAAGGCGGUAUGGCAAGUCAUCCACCGCGUCUUGAAGCCAAAUCCACAACCACUAAGACAAGAUCCAGACAGCCUCAAUUCCUACUUUUGUAACAUUGCCGAACGCACUGUUAAUGCCACAAAUAAAACAAUCGAAGAGCUACACGCGAUUAUUGAUUCGUUAGAGGAGUGUGGAAACAACUUUUGUACCCUACGUCCAGUUGCUUAUCACGAAGUCCUUCGCGAAAUUAAAUCCCUUCGAUCUGACUGCUCAACAGGUUCGGACCAAAUUCCAGCAAAAUUCAUCAGAUUAGUUGCAGAAGAUAUUUCAUCUCCCCUGACCCAUAUUAUUAACUGUUGUAUCGAAAAAGAAUACUUUCCUUCGGCGUGGAAGUUAGCUCGUACUUCGCCAAUACCUAAAAUCAACAAUCCUACAACAAAUAAUGAUCUGCGAGGAAUAUCUAUUUUACCCGUUUUAUCCAAAGUUUACGAAAAACUGGUAUUAAGACAAAUGGCCGAAUUUAUUGAUUUGAAGCACUUGUUACCCUCACACAUGUCUGGCUUUCGCAAGGGGCACUCCACUACUACAGCACUAAUCAACAUUAGAGACGAUAUUAUUAAAGCGAUGAACAGAGGAGAAGUUACGAUUAUGGUCUUUGCCGAUUUUAGUAAAGCAUUCGAUACAGUGCACUUUGAUAUCAUAAUAAGGAAAUUGCACUUGAUGGGCUUCUCUACGCAAUUUCUUCGGUGGAUGAUGAGCUACCUAACAGAAAAACAACAGUACGUCCAAAUUGAUGAUAAGAAAUCAGGAAAAUUGUAUACAAAUUUUGGUGUCCCACAAGGUUCUAUCUUGGGACCCGUCCUAUUCAAUUUGUAUGUUGCCGACCUCGCAGAUGAGCUAGGAACUGUGUGUAAUUGCCAUCAGUAUGCCGACGACACCACGAUCUAUAACAGUGUAAAACCAAAAGAUUUUCAACUGGGUGUAGAACAAAUGAAUAAUUCCCUGACGAACCUAACACGUUGGUCCGAUGAAUCUAAACUUGCUUUGAACAACAACAAAACUAAAGCGAUGUUGAUCACAACUUCUCAAAUGGCAAAUUACCAUUCGCUACGGACAGAAGGCAUGAUGAAUAUUUGCUUGGACAACAACAACAACAGCUGUAACAAUAACAGGAACAACAAAUUCCUGGAGGUAAUGGAAAGCUAUAAGUUGUUGGGAGUCCAUUUGAGCAACAAUCUUCGUUGGGACAAACAUAUUAAUGAAACAGUUUCCUCGUGCUAUGCUUCCCUGGCUAUCUUGCGUAAACUUCGUAAUAUGGCGCCCUUCAAUUUGCGGAAAAGAUUAGCUGAAACCCUUAUACUAUCUAAGCUCGAUUACUGUGACUUGGUAUUUUAUCCUCUUCCUGCCAAACUACUAAAGCGUCUCCAGCGAGUUCAAUCUUCCGCCGCAUGCUUUGUCACAGGAAAGUUUUCAAAAGAAGACGCUGUUUUGAAAUUGGGCUGGCUCCCACUGCUCGAAAGACGAGACUGGCAUCUGCUAAAAACUGCUUUCAAAGCUUUGAACUAUGAACAUUGGCCAGAAUAUGCAAAGCUAAAAUUAUAUAACCCAGGGAGAAGUGGACUUCGAUCUUGCUCGAAAGAUCUCUUAGAAACACCAAUUGAUCGGGACAUAUUUCAAUAUUCCGCAGCUAAAUGUUUCAAUAAACUACCUCAAACCCUAAGGGCUGAGAAAAACUUUGAAACAUUUUGUGCUGAAACAAGAGUAUUUCUCUUCGAUCAAGCAAGAGAACGUUUGGGUUAA